CCGGGCAGGGUGGGGUCUUGGGGCGGGUUGGGCGGCGCGGAGGGAGCCGCCUCUCCCUCGCCCGAGACCCUCCCCCGUGGCCGCCCGGAGAAGGAGACGCAGCGCAGGCCAGCCCCAGAGCCACGUCCCGGGGCUGUUGCAGCGCGAUCCGGCAGGAUGCUCCGCGAGAGCCUCUCGGUGUUGGUGGCGGUGGCGGCGAUCGCUUGGGCGCUGCAGGCGGAGGAGGAGCCUAAAAGCAAAUCCAAAAUCUGUGCCAACGUCUUCUGCGGGGCUGGCCGGGAGUGCGCUGUGACGGAGAAAGGCGACCCCACCUGCUUGUGCAUUGAGAAAUGCAAACCCCACAAGAGGCCUGUCUGCGGCAGCAACGGCAAGACGUACCUGAACCACUGCGAACUGCAUCGUGAUGCCUGCCUCACUGGCUCCAAGAUCCAGGUGGACUAUGAUGGCCACUGCAAAGAGAAGAAGACUGAUAACUCUGCUGCAAGCCCAGUGGUCUGCUACCAGGCUGACCGGGACGAGCUCCGGCGUCACCUCAUCCAGUGGCUUGAAGCAGAGAUUGUUCCUGACGGCUGGUUUUCUAAAGGCAGCAAUUAUACAGAAAUCCUGGACAGGUAUUUCAAGAACGUCGACGACGGGGACUCUCGCUUGGACCCCAGCGAGUUCCUAAAGUUUGUGGAGCAAAACGAGACUGCUGUCAACCUCACCACCUACAUGGACCCAGAGACCAACAGACUGCUCAGGGGACUGUGUGUUGAUGCCCUCAUUGAACUUUCCGAUGAAAAUGCUGACUGGAAGCUCAGCUUCAACGAAUUCCUCAAAUGCCUCAAUCCAUCCUUCAACCCUCCAGAGAAAAAGUGCGCCCUUGAAGACGAGACCUACGAAGAUGGGUCGGAGGCUCAGGUGGAGUGUAACCGUUGCGUCUGCGCUUGUGGGAAGUGGGUAUGCACAGCCAUGACAUGCGAGGGUAAGACCCAGCAGGUGCCUUCCCAGGGGCAGCAUCCGGAAGAGAAGCUGACGGAAGAGGAACUAGCCAGAUACGUUCAGGAGCUGCAGAAGCAUCAGGAGACGUCUGAGAAGAUAAAGCGAUUGAGCACCAAAGAGAUAUAAGAAGAGGAUGUCUUCAGGCGGGGGGGGGGGGCGGGGGUGUUCCUUGCCCCGCUCACCAGUCUUUCCUCAGUGCUGAUCUCAAUAUGCAAACGUGUUUAGGAUUGAUUGCCCAAUUCACAGAUAUUUUACAUUGUAUAGCGUCGGAAGGGGGACAAAGAAAAGCAAGCUCUUCUGAAAUUUAAAGGAGGGGCAAGACCCCGUAUAACGGUCUGUAGCGAGAGGGUCAGGAGCUGCACUGUUAGGGAUAAGUGAGGAUAAUACACUGUUCUGCUCAGAGGAAUCAUCACCGUGACCCCGCAGUCUUUGGAAGCAUCUGUGGGAAUUUAUUUGCCAGUAGCGGAGUCCUUCCCAAUGAACGGCUCCUGGGAUUUUCCAUGACAGUUUAUCCAGCCACGUCCACAACCACUAGACAACCACAGGAACCAGGGAAGGAAAUGCUUGUUGCUAAGCAUCUGUUCUAGGCAACGUUGCUAGAUCUCACACCUCCCAUUUUUAACAUCUUUCUGUUUCUCUGUGCAUGCACACACGCGCUCGCCCUUCAUUCUCCCCUCCAUUUUCAAUCCACACCCUGCUUCAGGCAACAAUUCUUGUUCACGUACAUUCCCACAUUGUUGGCUUCCGGCCCCCUGAGGUCGGUUUGACGUUUGGCAACUGGAGAGGGGCUUCCUCUCGAUCUCAGACCAGACUGCCUCUACUUGCCCAAAACUGGCCAUCUUCGGUGCAUCGCGGGCUCAAGAGUGACCUCGUUUUCUUUCCCCCUCCCUUUGCAAAGGUGCUACAAUAUAUUUUCUUAUCACACGCACACCGGCUCCCUUUUUUUAAUUAAUGACUUUUAAUUGAGCUUUUUGUAUCUUGGAUUUAAUAGAUAUUGUUUUUGUAUUUACUGAAAAAAUGCUGUACUUCCGGUCCAAGCUUUGUAUUAUAGCGACAUGUAUCCCAAAAAGUAAAAUCAUGGCAGCGCCAAGAGGAACCGGAGAACUGGAGACCCUUCCAGCAUCCGGCAUUUAAAUUGCCCUGAAGAGGGCAAGGCUGGGUUUUCAGAACAGGACCACAAGUAUAAUAAUUGCCUUCCUGACUGGUCCUCUCUUGCUUUCUAUCACCCCCCAAGAUUUUCUUCUACGAGGAAGGGAUUCUUGAGCUCACACUGGGAGGAGCUGUGGCCAAGCCUGGUCAUUAAAUAGAAGGCAUUAGAAAUGUUCGGUGGACACACACACAAGUUGUUCUCCCCAUAACUUUCUCAAGAGAGGCUCAUGAAGUAAUUCAGUUAUUUUCAGAUAGUAACUUUGGACACUGCAGCCCCACGUAAAUGCCUGGGCAGUUCUGGUUGUGUUCCCUCUGCUCUGAAGGGGAACUCGCCCAGCCAAGAUUUUGGUUUUCCCAUGCAGUGAAAGGGAAUAACUAGACCCCCAGCAGUCUAAGUAGAAAGGUCGUUGAAUUCCUUGGCGUGAGAUCAGAGCCUGUCCCAAUGCAAUUUAGGAAUCCUGACAAUAAAAUCCGGGGUCACAGUCUCCUCACUUUGGUAUACCAAACAUUGAAA